GAAGAAAAGCUUCUCGCUGAGUUUUGCUGCCCGGGACGGGCAGGGCCAGGACACCUUUGUGCCCUUGUUGAGCGACAGUGACCUGGUGACGGCUUUUACCUGGGCCAGGCCCAUCCUGAGACUGCGCCUGGACGUCAGGAACCCCCCUGAGAGCCCGCUGCUGGAAGACUGGGACAUCAUCAGCCCGCGGGAGGUGGCGGCGGCCGAGCCGGUGCCGGAGCGUCGGUCGCUGCUGGCGGCAGCUCUGCCCUUCACACAGGCCCUGCUGGCACAGGUGGGCCGGACCCUGGCCCGGGCACAGGCGGCCCUGGCGUGGCCCGAGGGGUCCCCCCCGAGCCCCCCGUCGCCGCCCCCGCCCUGCGCCCCCCUGAGCGACGCCGACCUGCGAACGUACCUGGGCCCGGGGGGGCGGCUGCUGCGGCCCCACGACCUGCGGCUGCACGUCUUCCACGGCGGCGUCGAGCCCGGCCUGCGCAAGGUGGUGUGGCGUUACCUGCUCAACGUGUUCCCUGGUGGUUCCCCUGACUCCCCUGAGCCCCCCUGA